ACUCGACGAGGCAGACUGCAGUUCGAAGGCGCCUAUGACUUCUGCUAGCUCCGCGUUCCCCGCAUUCCCAAGGGUGUACCAUUGGACGCAUCUUGCGAGCAAUCUUCUGGACGACCACGCACAGAGCCACCAACUUCAACACGGUUAUCCGGAUGCGCCAGGUCAAAUGCGCGGCGCGCAUCCGGAUGGCACAAUUUUGCAUUUGCGUCAACGACCAAGAGCGAUGGCUGCCGUGAUUGCCGAAGCGCUGGCGAUGAUUCAGAGUCAGUCGCCGCUCCUGUCGGCCGACGGCCUCAGCAAGAUGGGCCAGAUUACCUUCAACCAGCCACUCCACAAGGUCGAGGCCGGCAAGCUCGGUGUGAUCUCCGCCAUUGUUGAGGCCUUGAAGCGCUCGAUCGACAACGGAUCGAUGCAAGAAGACGGCUGCCGCGUCUUGCGCAACAUCGCCUUUCAGUGUGAGUCCAAUUUGAACCUUGUGCAGAGUCAGGGCGCGAUCGCGGCCGUCGCCGAGGCUCUCAACCGCCACAUGACCAACGACGCUGUUGUCGCCGAGGGUUUCUGGGCGCUCGUGGUCUUUUGCGCCAACCACCACGGCAACACGCUCGUGGCCAAAGCGCUGGUGCCCAACGUCGCUACGAUCGCCGCGCACCACACGUCCAACGCAGAGAUUCAGAAGAAGGCCAUGUUCCUUGGCAUGCUCUUUGCAUAAUUGAACAUCAUUUUAGUCGC